AUGAUAUUUGAAGAUAUAACUGACACUGAUCACAAACUACGACGGACCAAGCGCAAUAAAACCCAAUUAAUAUCAAAAUAUGUAGAGUUAAAGAGAUUAGACAGCAUUUACCAACAGUCCACGAGCGUGAGGAAGCGGAAGCUACGGCACCCUGAAGUUAAAAGAUAUGUAUUGAAGUUGAUACAUGAGGAGAUGAAGCAGCGAAUGAAGCCGGAAGAGACAUUUGAGGUGUGGCACAAGUUCAUCAGGGGAGAGGAGAGGAAAUCAAAACAGAAAGGAAGAAAGAAAACAAAGCCUGCAGUAGCAGGAUACGACCAAUUGCAAUUCGGAAACGAUACACUAGUCCUGAAAGUAUAUGAGUUUUUAGACAUGAUGGUGCCAGACAGUACGAUUGAAAAUGAAUCCGACUUGGACUUGCAGAUGGAUGGCAUUGAUGAUGGUGACGACGAUGAUGAUUACGAUGAGUACGAUAUUGUAUCCACUACAAAGCUUGACCAAAUAACCAAGGAGUUUGAUAUUCAAAAUACAUCAACAAAGACCCAGUUCAUUAUUGAAUCUAGUGGAAUGGAGGUUAUGCCGAGCCAAAGCGUUAGCACGUCUCAGUCCAUUAUCAAUAAACAUGUCAAUAAUCUCAACUCCUUGUUACAUGCCAACAUCCUACGGCAAAACUGGGAAUUGUCGUACAAAUUAUUUUGCAUUAUAGUUAGGUUCCCAAUGGUCGACAUACGGCAGCUUUGGCCACUUGGUAUUGAAAUAUUAACCCAACUAGCCACAAUGAAAAACCCGUUGCCGGCAACGGUGAAAAUAACCAAGUUUUUCAAUUAUUUGAACUCAUUUUUUACCAUCGGCUACAGAAACACAAUCUCCAUAGAAAGAAGUGAUAGGCUGUCGAUUGCACCAGCAUGGAGAUCAGGGACGAGGUCACUAACUCCCUUGUACUUGAUCACUUCGCUUUGGCAUUUAUUUGUGCACCAAGAAUAUGAGCAGACAUUGAACAAGAUUUUGGAAUUGAUUUUAGAGCCGCCAUACCAUAAAGAAGGUGUCUUGUUUUUCAUUGUGGCGUUGUGCUACUUGUGUCAAUGCUGUUCAAUAGUAAAUCACUUUGCUUUGCAGCCUGACUUGGAAAGGUUCAAUGAGACAGGAGCAACAUACAGAUCGCCGAAAGAGUGUCUUAAUUUACUCAAUGUCAAUUGGUCUAAAAUUGAACUAAAUGUGAACAAGUGUAAGGAAUUUGAUUUCGAGGUACCAGUUACUGAAUUGAAACUGCAAUGGGAUUCAAUUAUGGAUAAGUUUUAUGAGAUUAGAAAGCUGACAGAAAAGGGAAAACCAGAGGCAAAUACUACGACUGUGGCUGACUCCAUUGCUGAAACAGGAGAAGAGGACGAUUCGAUCCAAAUUGAAUCUGACAAUGAGAUCUUACCACCCCUUGAUACCUCGACUCAAAACAAAGGCUUAAAAAAUUUGGACUAUGAUUUUGAGAAUGUUGAGACCACACUUGAUAACAAUGACAAUGAUGACAUGGAAGAUGAUUGGUCUCAGAUACAGUCAGAUUCUGAUGGGGAGGUGUAUCCCAAGGAGGAAUUGCGUGAUACAGUGAUUGACGGUGAUGAAUGGGGUGCCAUUGGUUCGAAUUCGGAAGAGGAAACCCCUGAAGCGCCUCUGGGUGUGUACACAGAAAAUGGUAAGGCUUUGUACAAUGAGACUCCAACACAACAUGACAGUGCCCUUUUAAGUAAUGAAGAUACAAGACGUAUCCAACCAGGCAAUGAGGUAAAAAAUAUCAACACAGAAGCUCCAAAUGUAGAGGAAGACGACGACUGGGAUGAUAUAGAGUCAGACCAUGAGGAGAUAGAUAUGAGAAACCUUCACGACAAUGGCUCUGUAGAGCGUGAUGUUGAUGAACACUUAGAUGGUAGGGAGGGGUCUGUUCAGAGCAUUGACGAAAGGAAUAGAGUCAUUGAUCUGAUAAAACAAGUGGACGAUUCGCUGAUCGUUACAGAAGAAGGAGAGGAUCAGGAAAACUAUAAAUGGAGACGCUCACAAUCUGAUGGUUUUGAGACAAAUCUGAACUCAGGUGCACUAGAUUUGGGCCAAAAGCCUUCGCACAGAAAUGAAGUUGAAAUUGACUUUUUGCUUGACAACCACACUUUACACGGGCUGAGAAGAAAGCCAAUUUCAAGGGAGAUUGAUUUCGAAUUAGAAUGGUCUCUGAUGGAAGACAAUGACGGAUUGAUGAAAUCAAAUCCUACAAGCCCUAUAAAGGACCGCGUUGAAAGAACUACACCUGAUGGUGAAAAAAGAACAAGCAAUGCUUUUCCAGAAUCAAGUGUACAAGAUGGACAAAGCCGAGCUGAUAAUGAUUGGGAAAUGGAAUGGUCGCAAAUUGACGAUGAUGUAUUAUCGCUGGAAGAUGACCAUAUGACAACUAUCAUGGAAGUUAAUGGAGAUGAUGCCAAGCAAGAAGCUGAAGAAGCACGCAGUUCAAGUCUCAGAUAUGUUCCAUCGUUUGAUCUGCAACCAAUCAGUAGUUCCUAUUCGAACGAUAACGCACUAAGCGCCGAUAUUUCUUCGCUUUCAACAACUUCUCAGACUACUGCUGACGAAAGUAUUGAAGACUCCCCCUUUAGUAGUUUUGACUAUAGAAGAAACAGUUUUGAAUUGCACCAAAAGAGGCUUGAACUGGACACAACUUCAAACUUGAGAAAGAAGUCGAAAUCAAGUAAGGAAAGAAGAAAGCUGAAGAAUAGACGACACGAAAAGGUUAAGAAACCACUGCAUCAUACCUUGGAAAAGCAUAAGAAUAAAAAACCAUAG